AUGGAGUACAUAGAAAGAAGGGCAAUGGUGCUGCUGUCUAGGCAAGAAGACCCAGCCACCCAGCUGCUAAAGCUUCUUCAAGACCCUUUUAACAAUAUUCUGCAAGUCCGAUCAGUAUGGUCAUCGCUUGCCUUCUCCGUCGCCAUCUGCGCAGGCAUCGCCUUGCUAUUUUCCUUCAUCCGCCCCUACAACACUGUCGUCUACGCCCCCAAGUUGAAGCAUGCCGACGAAUCGAAGGCGCCCCCUCCGCUGGGCAAGGGCAUCUUUGCCUGGGUCGUACCGUUAUGGACCACCAACGAGAAGGAACUGAUCCGCCUGGUGGGAAUGGACGCGGCAUUGUUUUUACGGUUCCUCAGGAUGUGUCGAAACAUGUUCUUUGUCCUCGCCGUCGUCACAUGUGCCGUGGUUAUCCCGAUAAACAACAACAAGAGCGGCGAUAGGGACAACCCCGAUGUCGACUGGUUGAUGAAGAUCACCCCGCGUAACGUGUCUGGAGAAAUCCACUGGGUCACCGUGUUUGUGUCUUACUUUUCGACUUGUACCGUCUGCGGUUUCCUGUGGUGGAACUAUAGGAAGGUUCUCCACAUGCGUCGAGAGUACUUCCAGAGUGAAGAGUACCAGAACAGCUUGCACUCACGGACAUUGAUGAUGUACGAUAUCCCGAAGAGCAUGGCCAACGACGAGGGUAUUGCCAGGAUCAUCGACGGAAUCGCACCCAAUUCUUCCUUCUCCAGGACUGCUAUCGCUCGAAAUGUCAAGAUUCUACCCGAGCUCAUCAAGGAGCACGAAAAGGCCGUGCGAAAGCUGGAAGUGGUUCUUGCAAAGUACCUCAAGGACCCCAAGAAUCUUCCCCCGAAUCGACCACUCUGCGAGCCCUCGAAGAGGGACCGGUCGUAUGGAACUUACCCAAAGGGACAAAAGAUCGAUGCCAUUGACUACCUGACGCAACGGAUCAAAGAUCUUGAGAUUGAGAUCAAGGAGGUCCGUCUCAGCGUUGACAAGAGAAACACGAUGGGGUACGGAUUUGCCUCCUACUCAGAUAUCAGCGAAGCCCACGCUAUUGCCUAUGCUGCGACCAAGAAGAAGCCGCUGGGUGGUGCCAUAAUCACCCUGGCCCCUCGGCCGAACGAUAUCAUCUGGGACAACAUGCCUCUGAACAGCUCAACCAGAUCGCGCAAGCGAUUCAUAGUUACGUUCUGGAUUGCGGUGCUCACAUUCCUCUGGAUUGCCCCGAACGCCGGAAUUGCCAUGUUCCUGGUCAACUUGAGCAAUCUUGGCCUUCUCUGGAAGGCUUUCGGGCAGAGUCUGGCUGAUAACAGGACCUUUUGGGGCUUGGUACAGGGUAUUCUGAACCCGGCCCUUACCUCACUUAUCUAUCUCGUUCUGCCCAUCAUCUUCCGUCGUCUGAUGAUGCGGGCAGGUGAUCAGACCAAAUCUGGAAGAGAGCGACACGUCGUGGCGAAGCUUUACUCCUUCUUUGUUUUCAACAACCUGAUCAUCUUCUCUCUUUUCAGCUCCCUGUUUACCUUCAUCUCCAGCUUGGUCCAGCAGGUCAACAAGGGGACUGAUGCUGGCCAAGCCAUCCUCAAACAAAAACUAGGCCAUGCCCUUGUGAUUUCGCUUUGCAACAUUUCUCCCUUCUGGGUGACCUGGCUCCUUCAGAGGCAGUUGGGUGCUGCCAUUGACCUUGCCCAGCUUUGGCCCUUGAUCUACAGCUUCUUCAGGCGCAAGUUCUCUAGCCCGACCCCUCGCGAGAUGAUUGAGCUUACAGCACCACCUCCCAUUGAUUACGCGAGCUACUACAACUACUUUCUCUACUACGCCACCAUUGCUCUCGCGUACGCAGUCAUUCAGCCAUUGGUUCUCCCGGCAGCUGCUCUGUACUUCAUCAUCGAUGUGGCGCUGAAGAAGUACCUCUUGCUGUACGUCUUUGUUACCAAGACCGAGUCUGGGGGUAUGGUCUGGCGCGUGCUAUUCAACCGUCUCGUCUUUGCAACCAUUUUGGGCCAACUGGUUGUCUUUCUCACCGUCUGGGUCCGCGGAGAGGGACAAGUCGAAGCCGGCACCCCAAAGACUCAGGCCUAUGCUGUGGCGCCGCUUCCAAUUAUUAUGAUCAUAUUCAAGAUCUACUGCAGCAAGGUCUUUGACACAAAGAUCAAAUACUUUUCGACCAAGUUCGUUACAGGCGGCGAUCCGGAGGCCGGUAUGCCCGUUGGCAAAGAAUCCCACCGCAACGAUCGUCUGGCGGCUCGCUUCGGUCACCCAGCGUUGUACAAGCCUCUCAUUACGCCCAUGGUUCACGCCAAAGCACAAAACAUACUCGCCUCGGUGUACCAAGGCCGUCUCUCGGAUGGAAGGGAGGCUGGUACCGGCGAUACCAUGUCCACUUCCGGAUACUCAGAUACUUUUAAUCUUGGCCCGAUGCAUGCUGGCAAGCCUGGCAAGUCAGCUACGGCCAUGCCUGGAUUCGAGGUGGUGCCUGAGUCUAAGUUAGACUUCGAAUACUACAAGAACCGCGAUGAGUUCUCGCAGGAGCAUGGUGGCGGGGACAUCUUCAACACUAGACCUGGCACCCCAAGCAUACCAAGCGGUCCGGACUCCAGACCAGGCACGCCAGUGGGUGGAAUGACUGGUCGUCGCCAGUUCUCCGGGGCACAUGGCAUGCGUCCGCCCGCUGACCCGUACGCACGCUCCGGAUCGCCCGGGCCAGCUGGGUAUUCGGCAUACUCCCCAUCAGGUGCCUCACCUGGGCCCAGUUACCCAAACCAUGCUUCUCCUUACGGCAUGACCCCAACCCCAUACGGUCCGCCAUCGGCAGGCUUCGAUAUGGCGCGCACGAGGUCGCCCCUCUACGGGAUGGGUAUGUCUGCGAACGAAAGCGGUUCGAAUCUUGUGAGCAACGCGGCGGGGAUGCCAAAGUCGAGGCCACCUGCUGCGCGUGAUAGCUCGCCCGACACCCCCGGGUCGACGGCUCCCGGCAUGUUGGGGGGCGGACCCUACGGAUACGGGAACCUUCCUCAGGAUGAUGUUCAGGAUCCUAUGAGUUAUGACUACUUUAGAGGUGGGAACAGCGCUAGACGUCGCUGA